AUGAACCAAAAGCCACCAUCAUACGAUGAUGCUUGGAAUGCGCCAAAUCAACCAUACACAGCUGUCGAUCUUCCGAAUCCCACUGCUCUACCGCCAAUCUACAACAGCAAGCAAUGCCAGUGUCAGAAAAAACGGCUCUCUUGUGGACGCAGAGCUUUCUUUGGAGUCAUUUGUUUUGUGGCGUUCUUUGCUCUUGCGGGAUUAAUCGGAUGGGGCAUCAAUUUGUAUAUGAAAAGCCAAGAACGAUAU